AUGGACGCGGAGGUUUGCCUCCCUUCUGGAAAACGUGUGUCAACAUUAAGAGUGAAAGAUUUGCAAAAAGAGCUUCAUAGACGUCGACUUUCUAUUGCUGGUAAAAAAGCCGAUCUUCUUGCGAGGCUUACUGAGUAUAUUGUCGAGUUUGAAAGUGCAUCAAAUAGCAGCAUCGAUCCUGUGACUGUGAGCCCUGUAACAAGAGAAGAGCAGCUUCCAUGUGAGGUUUUUACAAAACUGGAAAGGGUUACGAAAGAAAAGCUUAUUAAGAAAAAAGAGACUUCCACGAAACGUAGAAGUCAUUCACGAUUGAACGAAACUUUCGAAUACAUCGAAAGUGACGACGAAGGUUAGAU